AUGUGGGUAUUCUUGCUGCUGUGGCCUCUGGCCCUGGGUUUCAGCCUGGGUGACACCCAGACCCCCAUCGGCUAUGAGGAGGUGGGGAGCACGGCAGAAGGCGAUGACAGCACACCGAGGCCCCACCCCCGCAGCUUCCCUGGCCAGCCCUGUACCAACGACAGCAACACUCUGGAGCUCCCUGCCAACUCUCGGGCCCUGCUGCUGGGCUGGGUGCCCACGAGGCUGGUGCCUGCACUCUACGGGCUGGCCCUGGCAGUGGGGCUGCCCGCCAACAGCCUGGCGCUGUGGGUGCUGGCCACGCAGGUGCCCCGACUGCCCUCCACCGUGAUGUUGAUGAACCUGGCAGCCGCUGACCUGCUGCUGGCACUGGCGCUGCCGCCACGGAUUGCCUACCACCUGCGGGGCCAGCGCUGGCCCUUUGGCGAGGCCGCCUGCCGCCUGGACACAGCCGCACUCUAUGGCCACCUAUACGGCUCCCUGUUGCUGCUGGCCGCUGUCAGCCUGGACCGCUACCUGGCCGUAGUGCACCCUCUGCGGGCCCGCACCCUGCGAGGCCAGCGCCUGGCCGGUGGGCUCUGCGUCACGGCCUGGCUGGCGGCAGCUGCCCUGGCGAUGCCCCUGGCGCUGCAGCAGCAGACCUUCCAGCUGGCACGCUCUGACCACGUGCUGUGCCACGACGUGCUGCCCACCGGCGCCCAGGCCUCCUACUGGCGGCCCGCCUUCAUCUGCCUGGCGGGGUUCGGCUGCUUCCUGCCGCUGCUGGCCAUCGUGCUGAGCUACGGGGCCACUCUACGCACGCUGGCGGCUGGGGGCCGGCGCUACGGCCACGCGCUGCGGCUGACCGCGCUGGUGCUGGCCUCUGCCGUGGCCCUCUUCGCGCCCAGCAACGUGUUGCUGCUGCUGCACUUCUCAAACCCCGGCCCUGACGCCUGGGGGGACCUGUACGCCGCCUACGUGCCCAGCCUGGCGCUCAGCACCCUCAACAGCUGUGUGGACCCCUUCAUCUAUUAUUUUGUGUCUGCCGAGUUCAGGAGCAAGGUGCAGGAGGGCUUGCUCCGCCGGGCACCUGGCAUCACCACGGCCUCCAGGGAGCGGGGCAGCCGGGAGAUGGGGACCCGGUCCUCCUCGGUCGUGUGA